AUGUCCCGCACGCCCUCUCCGCACUUCCCCACUCUCGAUGCGCUGAUCGAGCACCUCUCCGCUGACGCAGAGCGCGAAGAGCUCGCGGCAGAACUAGGCGCUCUCCAGUCGAUCUACGGCGACGACGCGGUCCGCCCCUGGGGGCGACAUGACUCUGACAGUAACAGUAACGGCGGCGGGCAGGAGAGGCGGGGUGUGGACAGCGGAGAGCGCGGGACGAUCCGGUACGAGGUCACUGUCACCAUCUCACCAUCCUCGGAUUCCUCGAUAUCGCAUCCGCUCACUCUGCUCGUCUCCCUCCCGCCGUCUUACCCCGCCUCCUCCCCGCCGCAGCUGCAGCUCCUCUCGCGGUACGUCGGGCCGUACGGCGUCGACGCAUCGCUCUUCGGCGCCGUGCUCCGUACGUACAUCUCGCGCGACGGCGUCGAGUGGGCGCCCGGCGGCGUAUGCGUGUUCGACGGGGUGGAGUGGGUCCGGGAGGCCUGUGUGCGGUGGCUGGAGGAGAGGAUGAGCGAGCGGAAGGCCGGGGAGAUCUUGAGGGAGGACGAGCGUGCGGAGGGGCGGAACGAUGUGGAGGAGCGGGACGAGGAGAGGGAGAGAAUUCAAGCGGAUGAGAGGAAACGGAGGGCGGAGCAGAGUGAAGCUGAGGCGAGGAUGCCAGAGGGUGUGGAGUUCACGGUCGCGGAGCCGAUCGUGGACAGAAAGAGCGUGUUUAUUGGGCGCGCGUGUCGAAUAACGCAUCCAUCUCAGGUUCCGAUGAUCCUCGCGCACCUCAUGUCGGAUCGGAAGAUAGCCAGGGCAGCACAUCCUAUCAUCAAUUCCUGGCGGUGUCGAGUGGGUAUAACCUGCACCAAGGGCGUUUACGUAGACAACGAUGACGACGGUGAGACCGCCGCGGGAGGCCGUCUGGCACAUCUGCUCCAGAUCCUUGACGUCGAGAACGUGCUGGUUGUGGUGACGCGGUACUAUGGUGGGAUACAUCUGGGACCGGACCGGUUCAAGCAUAUCAACCAGGCUGCACGCAACGCGCUAGAGCUCGGCGGAUUCCUGGAUGCACCUGCGACGGAGAGUCAGAGCGGGAGAAAGAAAGGGAGGGGCGCACAUAAAUGAACUUGCAUCUAAUUUAUGUAUUGCUCUCGUGUAUCGUCGGAUGUUGAGCGUACUCAUCGGAAUUAUGCACCGAUGCCAGCGGCGUGGUACGAGGGUCCGUGCGGUGCGUAGAGAGUGCGACCCAGCAGAAGCAACGUUCGUGGGUAGAGAAGAUGGCGCAUACAAUUGACUGUGUCUGCAGACUGUCGGCGUUGGCAGUGGGGCGCAGUGAAAACGGG